AUGAGUGAUUUGCAAGCGAAAACUACUGACAUCAGUGAAAAUAAGAUUGCCGUGGCUGCGGCUAUCAUUCCAUUCUCUAUCGCUGGUGCAUUGAUCCGUAUCGCACUAGAAAGACUACAAAAUUACACUGGUGCUCCGGUUUUUGGUCUCGUCUAUGCUCAAUGGGCAGGCUGCCUUAUCAUGGGACUAACUAACAAGAAUAAGAGUACACUGUUUCUAUGGUAUCAACCUAUACAUCCAGGCAUUACAACCGGCCUAUGUGGCUCCAUCACUACCUUUUCCUCAUGGCAGCUUGGUAUCUUCAAAGAAUUUGCCAACUACAAUGGGCAUGCGCAUACAAGAGGCAAAAACGUACUAGCGGCAAUGUCUGAAUUCUUGGUGACACUUGCCAUGUCGUUGAAUGGCCUCUUGUUUGGCCAACACAUUGGAGACAUGCUCUCAAAUCAGAUAGAAAAGAGACACUCUUUGAAAAGUGAACCGAAACUGAUAGCUCGUGGAUAUUCACUCAGGUACAUGUCAAAAAAGGACUACUUGACAAUUACAUUUGCCUUUGUAUCAUGGCUUGGCGUCGUAUUUGCUGCCAUCUUUUCCCCUUAUCAAAGAGAUCUUGCAUUCGCCUGUGUGUUUGCUCCUGUAGGUGCUCUCACCCGCUGGUACCUUUCAUUCUAUAACGGAAGACUACUCCAUUUUCCAGUUGGCACUUUUGCUGCUAAUGUGUUUGGCACCAUUGUCCUUGCCGUUCUCGCUUUGGCUCAAUCCAGCCCUCAUAUUACUGCCAUUGCUUGCGAUGUAGUCGCUGGCUUAGCAGGUGGCUACUGCGGUUGCUUGACCACUAUCUCUACGUUCAUGGUUGAGCUAACUACAUUGCCAAGAAGACCAAGCUACAUUUAUGGGUUUCUAUCAGUGGCAAUAGCUCAAUGCUUUAUGUUUGUCAUUCUGGGAUCCUACAUCUGGUCGACAGGAGUGAAUCCCAUGUGUUCUUGA